AUGCCAGCCACCGUCGCCCUCCUCCUGUCCCUCAUCUCCGUGGCCGCCGCGGCCAUGGACCCCGCCGAGCGUGAAGCCCUGCUGCGCGUCAUGGAGGCCGUCUCCUCCGACCGCGACUGGCGCUCCUCCUCCGGCCCCGACCCCUGCGCCUCCCCCUGGCCCGGCCUCGAGUGCAAGCCGGACCCCUCCUCCGCCGCCGCCGCGCGCCUCAUGCACGUCACGCGCCUCGACUUCGGCGUGCCGCCCAACCCGGCCUGCAAGCCCUCCGCCGCCUUCCCCUCCCACGCAUUCUCCUCCUCUCUCCCCCACCUCCAGUCCCUCUUCCUCGUCGACUGCUUCAACAACCCCUCCACCCCGACCCGCCUCACCCUGCCGCCCGCCGCCAACCUCUCCGCCUCCCGCCUGCAGCAGCUCAGCAUCCGCUCCAACCCAUCCCUCUCCGGCACGCUCCCGCCGCAGCUCGCCGCCCUCCGCUCCCUCCAGGUGCUCACCGUCGCCCAGAACCCGCUCGUCCACGGCGAGGUCCCGCGGGCCAUCGGCGAGCUCGAGAACCUCAUCCACCUCGACCUCAGCUACAACUCCCUCACGGGUCCCAUCCCGGCCCGCGUCGGCGAGCUGCGCAGCCUCGCGGGCCUCGACCUCAGCUACAACUCCUUCUCGGGCCCCAUCCCGCGCGAGCUCGGCGGGCUCGCGCAGCUCCAGAAGCUCGACCUCAGCUCCAACAACCUCACCGGCGCCGUCCCGCCCGCCCUCGCGGGACUCAGGUCUCUCACCUUCCUCGCGCUCAGCAACAACGGGCUCAGCGGCCGCCUGCCCGCCGGCCUCGCGGGGCUCCGGGAUCUGCAGUACCUCAUCAUGGAGAACAACCCGAUGGGCGUGCCGCUGCCGCCCGAGCUGGGCGCCAUCGCGCGCCUGCAGGAGCUCCGCCUCGCCAACUCCGGCUACUCGGGCUCCAUUCCGGAGACGUUCGGCCAGCUGGCCAGCCUCACCACGCUGUCUCUGCAGAACAACAACCUCACGGGCAGGAUCCCCGCGGGGCUCAGCCGGCUGAAGCGCAUGUACCACCUCAACCUCAGCAAGAACGGGCUGGACGGCGCCGUGCCCUUCGACGGCGCCUUCCUCAGGCGCCUCGGCCGGAACCUCGACCUCAGCGGCAACCCGGGCCUGUGCGUCGACGACGACCGGGCCGUCGUCAAGGACGUCGGCGUCGGAUCCUGCCGUGGUGGCAACGGCAACGGCUACGACGACGACACCUCCUCCGCAACGGCCGUCGUCAGAGCGACGACCAGGGGAGAUGUCAUAAGGAGCCAUGACGACGCCCCCUGGUUCGCCCUGCUCAGGCCAUCGGCCUCCGUGCUGCUCUGCUGCCUCUUGCUCUGA